AUGGAUGGAGAUUGGUGGAAAGUUAAACCUCAAUACUCUACUAAAGUCCUCAUUGGAAACUGGGUGGAAGAGAGGCAAAGGUUUAUAAAACAUGCUGGGAAACUCGGCAGCAGCAUAUACAGCACAGACUACAUUUGGUUCCCAGAUCACAAACCAAACCAAACACUAAGGAGGAGCAUGAUAGAAAAAUAUCAGGGCCUGCCAAAGCAGCACUUCCUCACCCACCAUGAUGAACCAAGCAGCCGAAACUUGGUAUCGAAGUAUGACGAUAAAUACAACAGACAGGGUUACAACCCUCUGCUGCCUCCCCUCCGCACCUGGAAUGGACACAAGUUGUCCUGGAUUCCGCAGAAAUCGGAUUUCCCCAUCGUUGAACCACCCACCAACUAUGGCCUUCUUGAGUACCUGAUGAAAACAUGGCAUGAGGAUGAAGGAGGAGUGAUGAAGAGUGUCUACACCAUUUCCUAUAAAAGCCCACCGAUUUCUGCUUUUCCUACUCGUCAUCUGAGACAACCAGCUAAAACUCAUUGCCUCCCUUGCAACCAGGGACAUCUUCUCCAAAGAGUUAAUAGAAUUCUGGACUAUGCAGAGACUCAGAAAUAUCUGCCAGCCAUCUGCCAACUGGUGAGAGACAGAAAAGCAAGCGACGCCUCUGUGUAA